UUCAAGGCCAAAUGCAGCUAAAUACAUGUAUAUCUUUCUAUUGAACACUUGUAUACUUUAUGCAAGACAGUGCAAGUUAGUAUGCAGACGACUUUCUGAAUGGAAAUAUUUUUGAAAGGGAUUAUUAAAAAACAUUCCGAACGGUAUAAAUACCAAUGAGCUGUAUUGUACUUUAUUCGAAAAGUAAACAUUAUGUGGGACCGUUUUCUGUUAUAAUUUCGGAUGUGAAAAAUGAAUGACAUAGAAAAAGGAAUAUUGCGUGGCUUUUAUCCUAUGUUUAUAGCUACUAUACGUGCGGAGUUAAUUGCGCCAUUGUUAUACGCCAAGAAAAUAAUUAACUGGAAGCUGCUAAACAGAAGUUCCAGUAAGGAUUUAACAAAUGUCGCAAGAAUCACGAGUCUGCUACGCAAGGUGAGACGACGAUCUUCUAUGGAGGACUUUUUGGAAUGUCUGAACAAAGCAGGGUAUGACUUUUGUUGUGAAGAAAUAAAACAAAGUCUUCAAGUAAAACAAAAUGAAAAUAACCAGCUUUGUACUUUUACCAGACAGCCAGGCACUCAGAGUCUGUCUUUUGUUGAUAGUUUUGCAGAGAAAGUAAAGGUAAAAAUUCACAAUUCUGAGGCACGAAAUUUCAAGUGUGAUUUCUUAAGCUGGACAGAACGGCUUUUGAAUCAGCAGGAUCUAAGUCAGUGUUCUCUCUCCGAGACGCGUCAAAGAGCCGAUUGCUGUUUUAUACUGUUAGACUCUGUUGCAGUUAUUGAGAGAACUCAUUCAGCGGACAUCGAAAAUCUCUGGAAAUCACCGGUAUUUUCCCAAAUGGAGAAUCUGAUAUCUAAAACCUCUAACCCUAUAUCAAGUAGAAUACGACAUCAUGCUCGAUACGGUGUCGCCCUUUUCCUGGGGGGUAAAGACGAAGAGGGAGAGGAAUAUAUAGAGGCAGCUCUGAAGGACGCCAAAACAUUCCUGCAUUCAGGUCGUGAUAUCGGAAACUGCAUGUUUGCACUGGUUAAUUACAAACUUAAAAGAUUCGCUAAAACAAAAUCCGUUAAGGAUAAAGAAGACAUUUUGAAACUCACAGAAGAGGGGCUUGGUUAUUUUCAGAAUGAAGACGAGGGCAUACGAAACACAUGGCGAAGAGUUUACCUUGACAAGAAAAUAUCAUGUCAUUUAGCCCUUGAACCUUCAGGACGAGUAAUAGAGAAUGUUGACAUUUCAAGUGAGGACAUGAAGGCAGCAAAAGAAUGCCUCUGUGAAAUGGAUAAAGCAGUAGAAGUGAUGGACAAAAGAAGGAAAGUCCAUUUUUAUCGAGCAAAAGCUCAUCUUCACAACCUGGAAUCAAAUUUUCGAAUUGCAAAAGGUUAUUUAGAAGAGGCUUUGGAAUUAUGCGUAGAGGGAGGGUACGAAUCUGAGCUUUGUGCUAUAAAAGAGGAACUAGGUGAACAAGCAACUCCGGUUACCCAGAGUGACACUGCCAUGGAUUUAGAUUUGACGGAAUAUGCAGAGGGACAUGCUGUAAAAGACGUCAAUUUAAUGAGUGAAAUUCCUAGUUCUCUUCCUAAGACUAGUUCAUCUAUAUCAACUCUCGUUAAUAAAUGUAUCUCAGAUUUAUCAGGGAAACUAAACUUCAGUAAUACUUUGAUGCCCUCCUCAGUCAAGAGAAAGUUGGACACUGAUGAACUUUAUGCCAGAUAUAAGAAAGUAAUUCACAGGAGCUCGUGCGAUACGUGAUACACAAGAAAAAAAAAUUAACCUUCGAAAAAAAUUAAUAUGAACAGAAAACUCGAAGUAUGUGUUUUUCAUUUGUGUCUGCAACCUCUUAAAAUUAAAUAGUUCUUAAUGCGGCUGUUAAAUAUCAGCGCAUACAUUAUUUUCUGCAUUCUACAUCAAUGAGAGUUCCUUUACAUUAAAGAAGGUGUGGUUUUAGCUAUAUUGUGAGCUAAAAAUGUAAUGUCAUAAAAAG